AUGGGAAUAAUUGCAAGCAACGCUUAUUUAACAAUUUUCGGCGCUGGAGCAUUGGUAGGUGCUACUUCAUCUUAUAUUUUUCUCAAAUUCCUGAGAAAACCGCCACACAACUCUAGUAUAUGGAAGCCGGGAAUGGAAGAAAGGUUUGAGUUUGAAGACCCUAAAGAUGAAUACCGACUAAUAAUGGGUGUUCGAAACGAUCUAAAAAUGCAAAAGGGAAAAGUAGCUGCUCAGUGUGGUCAUGCUGCUAUGGCAGCCUAUGCUAAAGCCCUCGAACAAACCCCACAAACGUUGGAAAGGUGGCUUAGAUUCGGAGGAACUAAAAUAGCCGUCCGGAUUGAUUCUGAAGAUGAGUUGUUAGAAUUAGAUGAAAAAGCAAGAGAGAUGAAUGUGUUAUCGAGUAUUAUUAGAGAUGCGGGACAAACACAGGUUGCACCGGGGACACGAACUGUGAUUGCGUUAGGACCGGCACCAAAAACUGUAUUAGAUAAAAUUACAGGUCACUUAAAAUUGUAUUAAAA